AUCAGUGAAAUGUUCGGCUAAUGUAAACAAAAUGGUUUAAACUGUUCGAGACUCCAACGAAAACACGCCCGUUGUCGUCCCGCCAGGGUGCCGUGUGUCCGUCAUCAUGUGGAAGUGCCACAAAUGCGGCAAACCCGUUUAUUUCGCUGAACGUAAACAGUCUUUGGGAUAUGACUGGCAUCCAGAAUGUUUACGAUGUGAGGAAUGUGGAAAGCGAUUGAAUCCUGGACAACAUGCAGAGCACAAAGGUGUGCCUUAUUGUCAUGUUCCUUGCUAUGGAGCACUAUUUGGACCUCAGUUAUUCGGUCAUGGUACAAGAGUAGAAUCACAUACAAGUUUUGGAAAAAAGGAAAGUCGACCAUCUUUACCAAGAUCACAUUUAGAAUCCAAGUUGAAAGUUUUUAAUCAGUAUUAUGAAGGCAAAAGUGGAGGAAUUCGAAGUCGUGAGGUUAAUGGAAGAUUGAUACUAGAAGGUGCAUUAAGAAUUUAUUGGGGAGUCCGUGGUGUAAUUCAUCUGAAGGAAGAUGACGAUCAGCGUACAGUAGUUACUGCACGAAAUAGAAACUCAUGCAGGCACAGUGUUUCUGAGGAUGUCGAAGAUGAAGAUAAGGUAGAUGAGCUAUCUAAGAACACAUUGGAUAGCAGUACGGAGAAUAAUGCAAAGUCUGUUCCAACAUCGCCCGAUCAUUUAAAGAGUCUCACUUUGCCCAUGAAAUUGGAUGUUAAGAACAUGGAAUGGGAUGAAUUAGACGAACUCUUACAGGUGGAACGAAAAGUCGAAGAUGGUAAUAAAUUAUAUCAGACGAUGCCUGAGAAUCUUCCGUCAAUAAGUUCGCAAUCUAGUGUAGAUACGCCACCACUCUCGUCUCAGUCGAGUCUCGAUCGAUCAGAUUCCCGCGAAAAUUCAGAAACGAGCAGCCCCAAUCACCAUACCACUAGCCGAGAUAACGAUAGUAGCUUAAAUAGUACACCAACGCACAGCAUAGGUAGUUCUUCUAGUACAGACACUCCUGUCUGUAAUUUAGGAGCUUCUAAUCGAAAUGGAACGCUUCGAAGAGUAGAGUACUUCGAUAACUUGGAAAAGAAUCCCAGCAACAAGUCAAUUAGUACCGACGAUAGUUGGAUCGAAAAGGGUUUGAAUCGAUCGUUGUCCGGUCCUGAUUGUCUUCAGAGACAUAGAACUGAUAGUGACACGGAUUCAGUGAAUUCUUUGCAAUUCAGGGAGGACGACAAUAUGACUAUGUCUACAGACAGCGGAUUAGAACUGGAUGGUGUCGUUUUGCGUCGUAAACAAGGUUCCACUGCGAUCAGACGACGUCCGGGCGGUAGACGUCAAUCGCGAAGUCGAUUACGACGUCGUUGCUCGAUCAACGGCCACUUUUACAACCGAGAGACUAGUUUCUUCACACCGCCUCACGGGUCGCAGAUGUCCGUUUGGGUGACGAGUUUAGUGAACACCCAAGAAGUUAUUAAUCUUAUGCUGGACAAAUAUAAAGUCGAUGCCAAGUCUGAUAACUUUGCAUUAUUUGUAGUCCGCGACAAUGGUGAGCAAAGAAGAUUGAAGGAUGACGAGUAUCCUUUAGAAGUUCGAGUAGUCUUGGGUCCUCAUGAGAACGUAGCACGACUGUUCCUGGUCGAUAAGUUGUCCACGCCUGAGAUCAGUUCCGAUGUCGCACAGUUUCUUAAUUUAUCUGUAGCAGAAUGCCAUGGUAUACUACAACGUUAUCAUUACGAAGAGGAACGUCAAAUUCUUGUCUUAAAAGAAAAAUAUAAAGAGAUGCAUAGAAGAAUAAAACAAAGAAUGGAGGAGCUAAAAGUUCGUUUAUAAAUAGAAUCAUGAAUGAAUGUUCACAUGGAUAUCCACGCAAUUAUUUUUAUAAGCGCUUAAAAAAU